AUGAGCUCGAUCCUGGGAAGAAAACCUAAAGUGCUAUACAUUCCAACGGAGCAGAACAUUCACGAUGAAGAGGCUUGGAAAACGUUGAACGAUAAGUUUGAGGUUGUUACUUAUGAUUGUGCUACCGAACAAGAGUACAUUGAAGAAGUUCAAAAGCCAGACGGGAAAUUUGCAGGAAUCGAUGCCAUAUGUCGGUCGACUUGGCUUAAAGGACAGCCAUAUGUUCAUCAUUAUUUGUUUAGAAAUGAGCCGGUUAAGUACCUUCCAGACACAGUCAAAAUCAUUGUUCAAUCCGGUCACGGCUAUGAUAUAGUUGACGUUGAUUAUCUCACCAAAAAGGGUGUGAUUUUUUGCAACUCACCCGACUGCUGCUCUAUUGCCACUGCAGACGUUGGAACGUCCUUAGUCUUGCAAUCAUUCAGGUAUUUAACUUUCGCUGAACACUGCGUUAGGACAAAUAGAUACUAUGAAAGUGCACCUUUGGUUCUUUGGGGAGAGAACCCAAGAGGAAAAACACUGGGAAUCAUUGGAAUGGGAAAUAUUGGUUUCUAUGUGGCUACUGCUUGUAAAGCUUUGGGAAUGAAUAUUGCAUACCACAAUAGAAACCCCAAGCCAGAGUACGAGAGUCAAAUCGAGGGCUUACAGUUCUUCAAGAAUCUUAAUGAUAUGCUUGCGAUUACUGACUGUGUUUUUGUUGGAUGUCCAUACACUCCCCAGACACAUCAUUUAAUUAACAAAGAAAGAUUCAAGCACAUGAAAGAUAGGGUGAGAUUGGUGAAUAUUGCUCGAGGCCCGAUUGUGGAGGAAGCUGCAGUCAUUGAGGCAUUAGAAUCGGGACAACUGGUGGGUGCAGGAUUUGAUGUGCACGAGUUUGAGCCUAAAAUUCAUCCAAAGCUGUUGAAUAAUUACAAAAUCACUUUAUUGCCACACGUUGGUGUUGCCUCUGUCGAUAGCUUCAAAGCUUUCGAAAAAAAAUGCGUGGGAAAUCUUAUCGAAUAUUUUUACGGAAACGGACUACCCGAAGCAGUCAAUGCGGAGCUACUUCAAAAACGAGCCUGA